AUGAGCAUAUCAAGGGCUAUUGGGGCCAUUAGUGGCCUCAAUGAAUGUGUCAAUUUGUUUCAAUGGAUUGGAUCUUCUCUUUCAUAUCUGCGCUCCCGGGGGUCUGUAACACAGCAAAAAAGUAUUGAGCAUGAAGUAUUGCACUUGCAAAGUGGCUUACAACGUCUUAGGGAUACCCUUCCUGCAUUGUAUGGCCUUAUUGAUCAAGCAGAGUGGAGGAUCCAUGAAGGCCGUGUGGCUGAGCUCCUUCCCAACCUCAAAGAUGCAGUGAAUGAUGCUGAUGACCUUCUUGAUGAAUUCAGAUGGCAUGAGCUAAAGAUGAAAGUGGAGGGCAAUUCAACUCAUUCUGGUUUUAUUGACUUCUACCACACUACUGUACAAGGCAGCUUCAACAUAGUGAAUGAUAUCCAAGAGAGGCUAAAUAAUAUUUCUGGUCAGCUAGAGAAAAUGGGGUUGUAUGGAGUGACACCAGGGUUCGACAAAUCAGUCAGGCCAGACACUACCCCUUUCCUGAGUGAAAAAAGAAUAUUUGGUCGUGACAAGGAACUGAAGGAGAUAAUGGGAUUUCUUGGUGUACCUCAACGUAUAGGACUGGCGUGGUUAAAACGGAAGAGAGCAAGUUGUGCAGUCAAUGCAUCAACAAGCACAUCAGCAUGGAACCAAAUUAGUAAUGAAUCAAGAAUACCAUCUAUUCCUGUUUUGCCAAUAGUUGGAAUGGGGGGCGUUGGAAAGACCACUUUGGCUCAAUAUAUAUGCAAUCAUCAACAGGUGAAAGAUUACUUUGAGUUAAUAAUCUGGAUUUGUGCAGAUAACUUUGAUGUAAAGAGAUUAAUUAAAGAUGCCAUACAAUCCGCUUCCGGAAAAUGGACAAUGCUUGAUCAUUUAGCUUCUCUUCAACAUGCUCUUUCUCACAGUGUGAGCAAUAAAAGGUUCUUGAUUGUUGUUGAUGACGUGUGGGAUGAUGCCUUGAAGGAAAAUGAGCAGCGUUGGAAAGACUUCUAUGAUUCUUUAACAAAUGUGGUACAGGGAAGUAUGAUGUUGGUCACAACAAGAUUUCCAGAUGUUGCUGAUAGAGUGCGCACAAUGGAGCCCUUCCCAUUAGAUGGUUUGAAGGAGGAUGUGUUUUGGGAUUUCUUUAAACUUUGUGCGUUUGGGUCUGCGAAUUCCCGGAAUGAUCCUGAGUUAGAGAGGAUUGGAAAAGGCAUAGUUCCAAAGUUGAAGGGUUCUCCUUUGGCCGCCAAAACUCUUGGACGUCUAUUAGGAAUGAACCUUCAUACAACACACUGGAAUAAUAUACUAGAGAGUGAACUCUGGAAGUUGAAACAAGAGAAGACUGAUAUUUUGCCAGCUCUUCGGUUGAGCUACAUAUAUUUGCCAUUCCACUUGAAGAGAUGCUUCUCGUUCUGUGCUCUAUACGCCAAAGAUCACAAAUUUGAAAAGGGACAUUUAGCUGAAAUUUGGGUGGCAGAAGGCUUUGUGGAGCCUCAAGGCGACAUUCCACUUGAUGAUAUUGGCCAUCAGUACUUUGAGGACCUUGUAAAUAGUUCCUUCUUUCAAGAAGUUUGCGGUACAUACAUAAUCCAUGACUUGCUGCAUGACAUGGCAAAACUAGUGUCAGGUCAUGACUGCUUCACCAUAAGAAAUAUGAGGGACUUCCAAAUGGUUCCCCAGAAUGUUCGUCAUCUGUACAUACUCCCAAGCAGAGACUUGAGCACUCCCAACUUGUUAAGCCUAAGCAAGCACACAAAGCUGCGUACACUAAUUUGUGACAUGUCUUUUCGGAAUCAAGCUGCAGUUAUAAUGGACCGUUGGUGUUGUGAGCUUCAGCGUUUGCGUGUGCUUUUUUGGGCCUCUCCAAAUGAGUUGCCAGACAGUAUUGCCAACUUGAAGCAUCUUCGGCAUCUUGAAAUCUCCAAGGCUUGUGCUUUCAAUAGCUUUUCUUCAGCAUUUUGUUCCCUCUAUAAUCUGCAGAGACUAUACGCGAAGGAGUGCAAGCUAGAAAGUUUGCCCUGUGAUUUUAGUAAGUUGAUAAGUUUACAGAGACUUAAAUCACGAGGAUUUGAAUAUUAUGCAGGGUGUACUCUGAAUAUUGAUGCAACCAAUCGGUUCGAAAUGAUGUUGAUAAAGAAUUUGAACCAAUUUGAUGGAAGUAUGAGCAUAAGGAAUCUUGGUUCUGUGAGCAAUUGUUAUGCGGCAGAAUUUAAACUGAAGGAUAAGAAGUAUCUUCGCCGACUGGGACUGACAUGGUCUUUGCCGUUCUCUCCUGAGGACGUCGAGAAAGAAGUGCUUCAAGCCCUACAGCCUCCCACCAGUCUGGAAUCUCUGCUCCUCAACGGUUAUCCAGAUGUGUCUCUCCCAAAUUGGUUGCAGCAGCAUAGAAACGUAAAUGAGAUGCCUGCUGUGUUAGUUGACAACAAUAAUAAUGACGAGAUUGGUACUUUGCUGUCCUUGGAAGAGCUAAUCAUUCUUCAGUGUCAAAAUCUACGAAGCGUUGAGCAACUUCUGCGUCCAGCUUAUGUGCCUACCAUCAAGAAAUUAAGGAUUGUUGAUUGCAACCAGUUAGUAUCAUUACCAACUGAAACUUUUGGGGACUUUCAUUCCCUUGAGAGAUUAGAAGUGCAUGGUUGUCCAAAUAUCUGCUCGAGAAGUUUGGUGGCGCACUCCCUCAAGACACUCAAACUGGGAAGUUCUGGGUAUCUCACAAACAAUAUCCAGUGCUGCUCCCUCAUCGAGUUCUAUUUAUCAAGUGACUAUGUCACGACCAUCCAACCCCAAAUGUGGAAUCUUCCAGCUCUACAAAAGUUGCAUGUUGCAAACUGCAGAUAUCUUUUAUCUGUUGGACAAGGACAACCACCAAACAGGGCAUUCGAAUCCCUUACAUUGCUAAUCAUUGACAAUUGUGAGAACCUGACAACACUGGACGGUCUCCUAACGGAACAAUGUUUGCCUGCCAUUCAAACGAUUGAUGUUAGGAAUUGUGGCAAGUUAAUGUUCCUUUUUGGUGAAAGGCCUGGGAGUUUUCCUUACCUGAAAGAUCUGUUGUUUCGUGAUUGCCCUAGUCUCAAAUGGCCAAGGGAACUAGUAUUACCAUCAUCCCUAAAAAAGCUCCACUUAGUUCGAUGUGGGGAUAUUUCCUCCUGGUUUUUAAGCUGCCUACAAAACCUCAAAUCUCUGGUUGAUCUGGCUUUGAUUGGAUGUCCAAGUAUAACAUCCAUUCCACCCGGCCCUUGCAGAAGUAAUCUCGCAUCACUUCGUGAUUUGCAUAUCUCGGGUUGUCCGGACCUCGUGUCAAUUGGUGGAGCAAAGGCAGUUGCAAAAAUAAAGUAUGUGGGCAUUUACGAUUGCCCAAAGAUGGAGGAUCUUAAGCAGCCUGUGAGCAGAGGCACAGAUAUGCUGUCACUUACACUUGGACCUUCACCCUCCUGUUCAUUUCCGACUCAGUUGUAAGAGAGUGGGGUCUCUCUUUCCACAUGCUUAUGACCAAGUGCAAGUUAACUCGCAUCAAGGCCAGUGAGGAGGGAAAAUGCAUCUCUCCAGUCCAAACUUACAUGCUGAUAACUAUCGGUUCCGGUUCCGCGGAACGGCAGAAGACGCUUUCAAGCCGUUAAUUUUUUUUUUUUUUUGAAAAGGGGGACACCCCGGCCUCUGCAUCAGAACGAUGCAUACAGCCACAUAUAUGAAUAAAAAUGAGAUUCAACAA